AUGAGCCUCAGAAACCUGGCCAGUGGGGUCGUAGGUUUAGGAGUUGGAAGCAGCGUCGCAGUUAGUCUUUGGGGAAAGCCAUUUGGCGGCAGCAACGACAGAAGCGGUAGUAUUGUCACUGAAAAUGACACAUCUGGUAUUCCUUCUGGAAGUCGUGCAUCUGGAGGAUCUUUGGAUUUGAAAGGUUCUAACGUGAAUCCUAGCGGGUUUUUUAAGUACGGGUUUCCUGGCCCUAUUCAUGAUCUUCGGAGUCGAGAAGAGUUCGUAUCGUGUUUUGAUCGACAACUUCGAAUUCCGUACUGGGUUGUUGAGCACAUAACCCCAGAAUCGCUCGCAGACAAAGGUGGUGAUCGGAAAAACUCCUUUUUCAAGGAAGAUGAAACAGUCCCAGAUAUGUUCAAGGCCCGUCUGAAGGAUUACUUUAGAUCCGGAUAUGAUCGGGGCCACCUGGCUCCCGCUGCAAAUGCCAAAUUCUCACAGAAAGCAAUGGAUGAGACUUUCUAUCUUACAAAUAUCUGUCCGCAAGUUGGCGAAGGGUUCAACAGGGAUUAUUGGGCUCAUUUGGAAUAUUUUUGUAGACAAUUGACCGAGAAAUAUCACAGUAUAAGAAUUGUUACUGGACCAUUGUUUUUGCCAAAAAGAGAUCCUGUAGAUGGCAAAAUGAAAGUUACUUAUGAGGUCAUUGGAAACCCACCUACUGUUGCUGUACCUACGCACUUCUAUAAACUGAUUGUUGCGGAAAAUUCAAAAAUGAAUCCCGAUAGUGAUGUGGUCGCUGUAGGGGCUUUUGUUCUUCCCAAUGGCAAGAUAUCUAAUGAUACUAAACUGAUAGACUUUGAAGUUCCGGUGGAUGCCAUCUCUAGAUCAAGUGGGCUUCAAUUGCUGCAUAAACUGCCUAGUAACAAGACAAAAGAACUAUGCAAAGAGGUUGAUUGUCGCAUAACUGUCCGGGAAUUUAAAAAGGCGCUGCCUGAACCUAAAAAAUUCCCUUCUUUGCCCCCUCCUUCUUCUUAA